GGACCUAAAGUAAGAUCCUGGGGUGCAUCUCAAUAGUCUAAAGCAGUGAUUCUCAACUGGGUCAAUGGAGGUUUUGAAUGGAUCGUGGGUGUCUGAGUAAAUAAACACAUUCAUUUUUUAGUUAUUCAUUUUUUUAUGAAAAAAGACUCCAGUCUGAACUUAAACAACUAAAACCAGGUAGAAAGUGUGUGGAAAUUAUAAUUAACCUACAUUUUAAAAUAAUUUAAUCUCUGAACAAUUUUUCUUCAAUCAUAGUAUUUUCAAUGUUUAGUUAUUAGCAGCGCUAUUUAGCAUAUUUGGCUGAUUUAGUGGUCUCAAACCAGUGAGUUUACCAACAUUCUUCAUCAAGAAUAUGAGCAAUAUGGAAUUAUUUACAAUUAAAAAGGUAGGAAUGUUAUUCCCUUUUCCUAAAAUUGCUACAUUUACUAUCAAUAUAGCAUAAACAUAUUUUUUUCUAGAUUACAUUUUGGCAAAAACAAAUUGAGAUGCGAAUAUUGGGUCGCAACUGAGACAAAUCAAAAUAAAAUAAAAUAAAUUUUUCUUUGUCACAUGCGCCGAAUACAACCUUACCGUGAAAUGCUUACUUACAAGCCCUUAACCAACAAUGCAGUUCAAGAAUUAGAGUUAAGAAAAUAUUCAAUGUAAAUAGUCUGGGUGGCCAUUUGGUUAAUUGUUCAGCAGUCUUAUGCUUUGGGGUAGAAGCUGUUAAGGAGCCUUUUGGACCUAGACUUGGCACUCCGGUACUGCUUGCCAUGCGAUAGCAGAGAGAACAGUCUAUGACUUGGGUGACUGGGGUCUUUGACAAUUUUUUGGGCCUUCCUCUGACACCGCCUGGUAUAUAGGUCCUGGAUGGCAGGAAGCUUGGCCCCAGUGAUGUACUGGGCCGUACGCUCUACCCUCUGUAGCGCCUUACGGUCGGAUGCUGAGCAGUUGCCAUACCAGGCGGUGAUGCAACAGUCAUGAUGCUCUCGAUGGUGCAGCUGUAUAACUUUUUGAGGAUCUGGGGACCCAUGCCAAAUGUUUUCAGUCUGCUGAGGGGGAAAAGGUGUUAUCGUGCCAUCUUCACGACUGUCUUGGUGUGUUUGGACCAUGAUAGUUUGUUGGUGAUGUGGACACCAAGGAACUUGAAACUCUCGACCCGCUCCACUACAGCCCCGUCCAUGUUAAUGAGGGCCUGUUUGGCCCUCCUUUACCUGUAGUCCACGAUCAGCUACUUCGUCUUGCUCACAUUGAGGGAGAGGUUGUUGUCCUAGCACCACACUGCCAGGUAUCUGACCUCCUCCCUAUUGGUUGUCUCAUUGUUGUCGGUGAUCAGGCCUACCACUGAUGUGUCGUUAGCAAACUUAAUGAUGGUGUUGGAGUCGUGCUUGGCCACGCAGUCUUGGGUGAACAGGGAGUACAGGAGGGGACUAAGAACGCACCCCUGAGGGGCCCCAGUGUUGAGGAUCAGCGUGGCAGAUGUGUUGUUACCUACACUUACCACCUGGGGGCGGCCCGUCAGGAAGUCCAGGAUCCAGUUGCAGAGGGAGGUGUUUAGUCCCAGGGUCCUUAGCUUAGUGAUGAGCUUUGUGGGCACUAUGGUGUUGAACGCUAAGCUGUAGUCAAUGAACAGCAUUCUCACAUAGGUGUUCCUUUUGUCCAGGUGGGAAAGGGCAGUGUGGAGUGCGAUUGAGAUUGCGUCAUCUGUGGAUAUGUUGGGGCGGUAUGUGAAUUGGAGUGGGGCAAGGGUUUCCGGGAUAAUGGUGUUGAUGUGAGUCAUGACCAGCCUUUCAAAGCACUUCAUGGCUACCGACGUGAGUGCCACGGGGCGGUAGUCAUUUAGGCAGGUUACCUUCGCUUUCUUGGGCACAGGGAUUAUGGUAGUCUGCUUGAAACAUGUAGGUAUUACAUACUCGGUCAAGGAGAGGUUGAAAAUGUCAGUGAAGACACUUGCCAGUUGGUCCGCGCAUGCUCUGAGUACACGUCCUGGUAAUCCGUCUGGCCCCGCGGCCUUGUGAAUGUUAACCUGUUUAAAGGUCUUGCUUACAUUGGCUAUAGAAAGCGUGAUCACACAGUCGUCCGGUAGAGCUGGUGCUCUCAUGCAUGCGUCAGUGUUGCUUGCCUCGAAACAAGCAUAAAAGGCAUUCAGCUCAUCUGGUAGGCUUGCGUCACUGGGCAGCUCGCAUCUGGGUUUCCCUUUGUAGUCCGUAAUAGUUUUUAAGCCCUGCCACAUCCGACGAGCGUCAGAGCCGGUGUAGUACGAUUCAAUCUUAGUCCUGUAUUGACUCUUGGUUCAUCUGAGGGCAUAGCGGGAUUUCUUAUAAGCUUCCGGAUUAGUGUCUCGCUCCUUGAAAGCGGCAGCUCUUUAAAUCGGUGUGGAUGUUACCUGUAAUCCAUGGCAGCUGGUUGGGAUAUGUACGCACGGUCACUGUUGGGACGACAUCGUCGGAGCACUUAUUGAUGAAGCUGGUGACUGAGGUGGUAUACUCCUCAAUGCCAUUGGAUGAAUCCCGGAACAUAUUACAGUCUGUGCUAGCAAAACAGUCCUGUAGCGUAGCAUCCGCGUCAUCUGACCACUUCCGUAAUGAGCGAGUCACUGUACUUCCUGCUUUAGUUUUUGCUUGUAAGCAGGAAUCAGAAGGAUAGAAUUAUGGUCAGAUUUUCCAAAUGGAGAGCUAGGGCUUUGUGUGUGUCUCUGUGUGUGGAGUAAAGGUGGUCUAGAGUUUUUGUGUCAUGCUGGUAGAAAUUAGGUGAAAUUGAUUUAAGUUUCCCUGUAUUCAAGUCCCCGGCCACUAGGAGCGCCGCUUCUGGAUGAGCAUUUUCUUGUUUGGUUAUGGGCUUAUACAGCUCAUUGAGUGCGGUCUUAGUGCCAGCUUCGGUUUGUGGUUGUAAACAGAUGGCUACGAAUAAUAUAGAUGAAAUCUCUCUUGGUAGAUAGUGUGGUCUACAGCUUAUCAUGAGGUACUCUACCUCAGGCGAACAAUACCUCGAGACCUCUUUAAUAUUAGAAAUCGGGCACCAGCUGUUAUUGACAAAUAGACACCCACCCCCACCCCUCGUCAUACCAGACGUAGCUGUUCUGUCCUGCCGAUGCACGGAAAACCCAGCCAACUCUAUAUUGUCUGUGUCGUCAGCCACGACUCUGUGAAACAUAAGAUAUUACAGUUUUUAAUGUCCCGUUGGUAGGAUAAUCUUUGUUCUGAUAUCCAGAAGCUCUUUUCGGUCAUAAGAGACGAUAGCAGCAACAUUAUGUACAAAAUAAGUUACAAACAAUGCGGAAAAACAAACAAAAUAGCACAGUUGUUUAGGAGCCCGUAAAACGGCAGCCAUCCCCUCUGGCGUUCAAUUUGGGUUCCGAGGCAGAACCAGCUGAGAACCACUGGUCUAAAGUGCCUUCCUUCUUUUCCUCGCGGACACCUUUUCCGAAACCUCUCUGUCCUCUGCUCUGGUUGAUUGAAAACCUACCAGAAAUUAACUGGAAUGACAUCUAGCCUACUAGCCUAGGCUCAACAACACUAACAUUGUGUUACCAAAGCAGAAACAGGCUCUCAACCAGGCUAAGUCAGGUCAUGGUAAUCAGCCAACGGGAAUCUACAUCGGAUGUCUGUAGGGAACUGUGAGAGAAUAAACCCUCAUGUUGUUGUUGUUCUUGUUUAUUGUUGUUUUCUACAGGGCCAGCCUGGACCUGGUGGUGAACCUGGACUCACUGUAAGUACUAACAGACUCAACAGAACCUGAACACUGUUUAGUACAGGCUACAUAUAACCUGAUCACUACAAAUCGACUGGGACUAACCCUCAGUCAUAACUAAGGCCCAGAGUUUUAUUGACCACAUUACCUAAUUAGGAGUACAGAGGUAUGGGGGGGGGGGGGGGGGACUCCAGUCCAUACCCUAGUCAUAAGGGCUACAUAACCCUGUCAUAACAGCUUUUGGCAGCUGAUUCUACAAUGUUAUAACUAGUCUCUUCCACCAGUCAAGUCAACAUGGUCUCAGAGCAUUUCGUAUUAUUCUGUACGUAAAUCCGAGACAGUCCAUUAAGAUAUGUUAUGCUUCGUAUGGUAUGUAGUAAUUUGUGGUUGUCCAUCACCCAUUUUGUAUGAUAUGCUGCGAAUUGUAAUUCACAUUGUCAUGAAUUUGCAAAACGUACAAUAUGUUACAAAUUUGCAAAAUUUACAAUAUGUUAUGAAUUUGCUAAACAUAUGAUAUGUUAUGAAUUCUAGCUAGGUGGCUAGGUGGCUAAUGUUAGCUAGCUUGCUAGGGUUAGGGGUUAGGGUUAAGGUUAGGUUAAGUGUAUGAGUUAGGUUAAAGGGUUAAGGUUAGGGUUAGGGGAAGGGUUAGCUGAAAGGGUUAAGGUUAGAGUUAAAUUAAGGAUUAGCUAAAAGGGUUAAGGUUAGGGCUAGGGUUAGGGGAAGGGUUAGGUAACAUGCUAGGUAGUUGCAAAGUAGCUCAAAAGUAGGAAGUAGAUGAAAAAUUGUUAAUUAGCUAAAAUGCUAAAGUUGUCCGUGAUGAAAUUCGAACUGGCAACUUUUGGGUUGCUAGAUGUUCGCGUUACCACCCAUCCACCACGACCAACCCCCCUUCUUUCAUUUUUGCCUUAAGUAACCAUACCAAAUGUAACAUAUUAUGCUAAAUGGAGUGUCUCAGAUUUACGUACAGAAUAAUAUGAAAUGCUCUGGGACCAGGUUGUUACAGUCGGUACAAGACCUCUGAUACAGGAUCAGAUAUUUGUUCUUACAUUUACAUUUACAUUUACGUCAUUUAGCAGACGCUCUUAUCCAGAGCAUUCUGGUGCAUUCACCUUAUAGCCUUCAAUUGUUUUGUUGUCAGGGUAAUCUGAUCCUAGAUCUGUGGUUAAUGCUGAAGUCUUCCUUGCAGGUUGAGGAAUAUGACAUGUAGUUAGGGCAGAAGACCACUAGGCGGUGCUGUGUAGCUAUAUUUGACAGACUACUUACAGACUAUAUUGACAGAGUGAAGUCAGUCAGUGAUACGCAUGGCUGAAUGACUGACUAACAUGAAUUUCUUUGUUUACAUUUAAUUUAAUCACUUAUUAUGACACAUUGAACACACAUUGAUUGUUUUCUCUCAGUCAGGGUUAGAUUGAUGCUCACUGUGUGUAUUGUGUUCUGUCUCUGUAGACACAGAUGCUCUUAAUUGAAUUAACAGAAGAUAAUUGCUUAAACAAAUCAUACAUGUCUCAUUAUGCACAUUUGUUUGUGAUUAUAUGAUUACACACAGACUUAACUAAUCUCUCAUCCCUCUUUCCCUCUCUCUAUCCCUCUCUCUCUGUAGGGACCCGGACUGCCUGGACUGGCUGUAAGUCGUUAACUGUUGAUUAUAAAGAAUGAAAUACUUAUUUAGAAAAAAAGAACUAGUCAAAAACUAAAUAUUAUUCUGAACUGAAUUACACUGGCAGUGUAUCCUCUUCUGCCAGAAGGAUGAAUAUCUCUCUCUCUCUCUCUCUCUCCUCUCCUCUCUCUGUCCUCGUCUACUCCUCUCUUUCCUCUCCUUUCCCAUCUUUCUCUCUCUCUCUCUCUCUCUUCUCUUCUCUUCUCUCUUCUCUCUCUCUCUCAUCUCUCCUCUCUCUCUCUCUCUCUCUCUCUAUCUCUACUACUCUCUCUGCUCUCUCUCUCUCUCUCUAGGGAGCCCCAGGCCCAAUCGGCCUUCCCGGUGAGAUUGGACAGACUGGACCUACGGUAAGACCCUCACCAUUGUUGUCGAAGAAGAAGAAAACCAUUGUUGUCUUAUGUCUGAUAGCACACACGUUAUACAAUCUGUUAGAUACUCUUAAUCUCUCAACUAAUUCCCACCCUCCUCUUCCUCCCUCUUCUCUCAGGGCAUAUUGGGAGCACCUGGACCUCCAGGAAUUCCAGGACCCCCAGGAAAACCAGUACGUUUACACCUAGAACCAGCAAGAACCAGAAAAUAAACACUUAGAACUAGUAAAUAACAGUAAGUUUACCCCUAGAACCAGCAAGAAACCAGUAAAUAAACACUUAGUAUUAGUAAAAACCAGUAAGCACACACCUACCACCAUACCGCCAUACGAGCAAGUACAAACCUAGUACUAGAAACCAGUAACUUAAAAUCACCAAGAUACCAGUAAGAUGUAGUAAGAAACCAGUAACUUAAUGCAGAAUAACAAUGGUGAGUUGCAAACAAGAAACCAGUGUUCCAGCGAUAACCCAGUAAUCCCAGUCCAGAUGACCAGUACAUUUUCACCGGUAAGUGUACCAAAGCAGCUCAAUUAAGCAUCAACUGUACACAGUGCAGUGUGUGUAUCUUAGCUCCCCAGUCUAUUCUACAAGUUACACAGUAUCUCUCCCCAUGAGUGACUUCAGGUGGGGAGCAGCCUCAUAGAGUGAUGCUCCCAGCCAUUGGGGAGUCUAUUUGUUUUGGUUUACCGGUGUUGCAGAGUAAAUACAUUCCCAUUAGAUCUGUCUCUCCUGUCUCAUCUCACUGCUCCCUGCAUACAUCAGCCCAGGGAGGCAUGUUUUACCCUAACUCAAUAUACACACAUUCAGAACAGCUGCCUCAGCACUGUGUUAAAACAAAUAUCUGUCUCUGUCUUCCUUUCUCUGUCUUUCUUUCUUUCUUUCUUUCUUUCUUUCUUUCUUUUCUUUCUUUCUUUUUUCUUUCUUUCUUUCUUUCUUUCUUUUGUUCUUUCUUUUUUCUGUUCGUUCUUUCUUUCUCUCUCAUCUCUCUCUCUCUCUCUCUCUCUCUCCUCUCUCUCUCUCUCUCUCUCUCUCUCUUCUCUUCUCUCUCUCUCUCUCUCUCCACUUUCUCUUUCUUUCUCUCUCUUUCUCUCCCCCCUUCUCUUUCUGUCUCCAGGGUCCUCCAGGGAAGUUCUUGGGAGGAGAGGAGGGCAGUGCAGACUUCCAGGUAAGAUCCCUCUACACCUCCAACUAUCCUCAUCGUUUGUCUCUUGUCUUUGUACCUGUUCUACCCCACUGCACCCUUCUGCCCUCGUCCCAUUGGAUAGCUCCUUGCCCCUGGCUUAAUACCUUACAGUUGACCCUAAGCAAGCCUUACAGAGCAGUAAGCUCAUAGCCCAAAGCCUGUAGGAUCAAUCCUCAAACCUAGAGCUCCUGGCAAUCUAGUUAUAGCUUGUGACAUAUAGACAUAGCUUUCCGGUUCGCUGUCACUAAACCCCAUCCAGUACAAGUCCUAAUCCAAGUCCUAUGCUGAGUGCCCAACAUAGCAGAGAUGGUGCCCAACAUAGGGGAGAUCAAUUCCUCUCCUCUGUUCUUCUCCAUCUCUCUCAUUAGAGAUAGGGGCCUUGUCACUGAGACGUUUUACACUCUUGCUCUCAUCCCUCUCUCUCCUUUCAUCUAACACCGAAAGAGGAUUCACAGCCCUCCUUUGAUCCCCUCUCUCUCCCUUCAUUCAUGUCCCUCUCUCAUCCCUCCCUUAGUCUUCUCGUUAAUCCAAGUCCUUCAUAAUGUGAUGCCCCACUGAGGAUUUUAUAACGAGAGAAAAAGAGAGUCAGCACACUGAUCAAUUGGCCGCUUUGGUCGCUUUCGGCUGAGAAACAGACGGAGAAGGUGGACGGUGAGUGUGCUGAGAGAGAGGAAGGCAAAAAGAGAGAGAGAGAGAGCAGAGAGCUCUCUCUUCACGAUCGAUCUCCCUCCGCUCUCUCUCUAUCCUCUCUCUCUCUGUCUCUCUCUCUAUCUCUUCUCUCUCUCUCUCUUCUCUCUCUCUCUCUCCUCUCGCUCUCUCUCUCUCUCCUAUCUCUCUCUCCCUCUCCUCUCUCUCUCUCUCUCGCUCUCUCUCUGCUCUCUCUCUUUCUCUCUUUCUUCUCUCUCUAUCUUCUCUCUCAGAACCCCCACCUCUAUCUUAACCCCCCCCCCCUCUCUCUCUCCCUCUCACCCCCCUCUCUCUCCACAGUGUCCAAUCAACUGCCCAGCAGGGCCUAAGGGUCCCCAGGGACUGCAGGGGGUCAAGGUAUGUGAGUCAUCAUCAGGAGAAAAACUAGAUAUUUUCCUGUCAAGAACUGAAAUAAGGUUAUUCCGUAAUCUGUGUACAGUAUUCCUGUCAGUGCCGCUGUCAUUUAUUAACUGAAUUAAUAGUUAAUGAUUGAUUGAUUGAAACAUCUAUUACUGUAAUAACAAUGUAAUAUCUGUAAACUAACUAACUAUUAUGUUCUAGGGACACAAAGGUCGUGCUGGUGUGCUGGGAGAGCCUGGUAGCAUUGGGAAACUGGUGAGUCCUAAAGAGUCUGUCUAUCUGACAGGCUGACUGUCUGUUUCUUUGUGCCAGUCUAUCUGUGUUUUGUUGGUCACAGAGGAAUGAUCCUGGCUCUAUCUGAGGCAUUUAUGUUUGAAAAUCUAACAAUACUUCAAGGGUGUGAAAAGUAGUCUUUUUCAUACAUGCUUCCAAUAAAACACACACACAUUACAUGCCGACCAGUAGAAGAAGCAGGCUUAGCGCUAAUGAACCCCCUGAGGCACAUGACUGGCACUAAUCUGGGUGUGAUUAGUCAGGUCUGGCCCGGGCAGCCAGGCUGCACGCAGCGAGCCCAGAUGAAAGGGAUGAUUGAGAGCCAGGUACAUGUGGAGUGGAUAAGAGAGUAGGAGUUAGAGUGGCCGACUCAGCCUGGUGCAUUAAGCAGAGCUAAUGAGCCCCCAGAAGGACCUGAGACACUCCUUCAGAGCAGGAGGGUUUAGCACCUGAUCUGCACUCUGUCUGUCUGUCUGUCUGUCUCAGUCGGGCUCUGCUGAUCACUGCUCAUUUAGACAGAGAACACUCCCUGGCCAUCAUACAGAGAACACUCCCUGGCCAUCAUACAGAGAACACUCCCUGGCCAUCAUACAGAGACACUCCCUGGCCAUCAUACAGAGAAUACUCCCUGGCCAUCAUACAGAUACACUCCCUGGCCAUCAUACAGAGACACUCCCUGGCCAUCAUACAGAGACACUCCCUGGCCAUCAUACAGAGAACACUCCCUUGCCAUCAUACAGAGACACUCCCUGGCCAUCAUACAGAGAACACUCCCUGGCCAUCAUACAGAGAACACUCCUGGCCAUCAUACAGAGACACUCCCUGGCAUCAUACAGAGAACACUCCCUUACCAUCAUACAGAGACACUCCCUAGCAUCAUACAGAGACACUCCCUGGCCAUCAUACAGAGAACACUCCCUUGCCAUCAGACAGAGAACACUCCCUGGGCCAUCAUACAGAGACACUCCCUGGCCAUCAUACAGAGACACUCCCUGGCCAUCAUACAGAGACACUCCCUGGCCAUCAUACAGAGACACUCCCUGGCCAUCAUACAGAGACACUCCCUGGCCAUCAUACAGAGAACACUCCCUUGCCAUCAUACAGAGACACUCCCUGGCCAUCAUACAGAGAACACUCCCUGGCCAUCAUACAGAGAACACUCCCUGGCCAUCAUACAGAGAACACUCCCUGGCCAUCAUACAGAGACACUCCCUGGCCAUCAUACAGAGAACACUCCCUUACCAUCAUACAGAGACAUUCCCUAGCCAUCAUACAGAGACACUCCCUGGCCAUCAUACAGAGAACACUCCCUUGCCAUAAGACAGAGAACACUCCCUGGCCAUCAUACAGCGACACUUCCUGGCCAUCAUACAGAGAACACUCCCUUACCAUCAUACAGAGACACUCCCUAGCCAUCAUACAGAGACACUCCCUGGCCAUCAUACAGAGAACACUCCCUUGCCAUCAGACAGAGAACACUCCCUGGGCCAUCAUACAGAGGACACUCCCUGGCCAUCAUACAGAGACAUCCCCUGGCCAUCAUACAGGACACUCCCUGGCCAUCAUACAGAGACACUCCCUGGCCAUCAUAAGAGACACUCCCUGGCCAUCAUACAGAGACACUCCCUGGCCAUCAUACAGAGAACACUCCCUUGCCAUCAUACAGAGACACUCCCUGGCCAUCAUACAGAGAACACUCCCUGGCCAUCAUACAGAGAACACUCCCUGGCCAUCAUACAGAGAACACUCCCUGGCCAUCAUACAUACAGAGACACUCCCUGGCCAUCAUACAGAGAAAACUCCCUUACCAUCAUACAGAGACACUCCCUAGCCAUCAUACAGAGGACACUCCCUGGCCAUCAUACAGAGAACACUCCCUUGCCAUCAGACAGAGAACACUCCCUGGCCAUCAUACAGAGACAUUUCCUGGCCAUCAUACAGAGACACUCCCUGGCCAUCAUACAGAGACAAUUCCUGGCCAUCAUACAGAGAACACUCCCUGGCCAUCAUACAGAGAACACUCCCUUGCCAUCAGACAGAGAACACUCCCUGGCCAUCAUACAGAGACACUCCCUGGCCAUCAUACAGAGACACUCCCUGGCCAUCAUACAGAGACACUCCCUGGCCAUCAUACAGAGACACUCCCUGGCCAUCAUACAGAGACACUCCCUGGCCAUCAUACAGAGACACUCCCUGGCCAUCAUACAGAGACACUCCCUGGCCAUCAUACAGAGAACACUCCCUGGCCAUCAUACAGAGAACACUCCCUUGCCAUCAGACAGAGACACUCCCUAGCCAUCAUACAGAGACACUCCCUGGCCAUCAUACAGAGAACACUCCCUUGCCAUCAGACAGAGACACUCCCUAGCCAUCAUACAGAGACACUCCCUGGCCAUCAUACAGAGAACACUUUAUUCUACUGAUUUCAGUUGGCUGCUAUUUACUGAGGACUAAUGCAGUAGCAGAAGAUACAGCUCACGAUAGAUACAUGCAUGAAACGCUUUUAGUUAUGUUAUUGUCACAUGUUUUAUUUAUCUCUCUCUCUCUCUCUCUCUCUCUCUAUCUAUCUCUCCUCUCUCUCUCUCUCUCUCUCUCUCUCUCUCUCUCUCUCUCUCUCUGUCUCUAUCUCUGUCUCUCACUCUCUCUCUGUCUCAAUUCAAUUCAGUUUAAGGGCUUUAUUGGCAUGGGAAACAUGUUUACAUAAUAAACAAUACAGAAAUUAACAAUAAACAUUACACUCACAAAAGUUCCAAAAGAAUAAAGACAUUGUCUGUCUGUCUGUCUCUCUCUCUCUCUCUCUCUCUCUCUCUCUUUUUCUCUCUCUCUCAGGGUACGAAGGGAGAGGUCGGCAUCUCUGGUGAGCAGGGAAUCCCAGGACCCCCGGUAAUGACCUUCAUCUACCUAUGACUGAUUCAACAUGCACAAUGUUAUGUAAACAUUAUAGUAAAGCAAUAUGGUCAGAGCACAGAUGUUGUUAGAAUGUUGUGAGAAUAAAAUACAGAUGUUAAGCCACUUUUACUCAUGCAACAUUGACAUAAUAUCAUUUAUUUCAACUCUCACUUUCUCUCCAUCUAAUAGGGUCCUAUGGGAUUGAGGGGUUACCCAGGAAUGAUGGGCCCCAAGGGAGAGGCGGUGAGUUAAAAUACACCUCUCUAUCUCCUUUACCACACUCUCUCUAUCCACCACACUUGGCACUCCACUACCUCUCCUCCUCCCCCGGUUUGUUUCUAUCUGCAUAAUAAACACUAUCUGUUACCUUCUAAGGGGACAUAUGGAAAGAAUCCAAACUCUGUCCUCUCUCUCACUCCCUCCAUGUCUCUGUCUCUGUCUCUCUCUCUCUUUUCUCUCAUGCACUCUCUAUCUCUCUCUUUCUCUCUCUCGCUCUCUAAUGAGAACGGCUUGUCUGGGACCACUGUUCCUCUGUCUGUAGUUAAUGAUCCAGGAAGGCCAUCCAUCUUAGCGUUAGUAUUAGCUUUAUUAGCCAAGUUAGCACCCAGGCUAGGUGCCAAGCAGAAUGGCUGGCUGUUGGUGUGUAGCUCAUAUUAACCAAAAGCACUAAUCGCUAAGUGCUAAUCAUCCUUUUAUCACGGUGGUUAGCAUGUUUGCGCUCGUUAGCAUGCCCCAUAGACACUGAUGGAGAUGAUAAUAACUUAAAGAACAACAACCUGUGGGGAUGUGUUACACUUGUUAAAGUACCGCUAUCUCCUUCUGAAAGAUAUCAAUCAAAUCAAAUCAAAUUGUAUUUGUCACAUGCGCCGAAUACAACAGGUGUAGACCUUACAGUGAAAUGCUUACUUACAAGCCCUUAACCAACAAUGCAGUUUUAAGAAAAAAAAGAUUUAAAAAAGAAAUGAUUAAAGAGCAGCAGUAAAAUAGCAGCAGUGAGGCUAUAUAAAAGGAGUACUAGUACAGAGUCAAUGUGUGGGGUCACAGGUCAGUCAAGGUAAUUGAGGUAAUAUGUACAUGUAGGUAGAAUCACAGUGACUAUGCAUAGAUAAUAAAAAGAGAGUGGCAGCGGCGUAAAAGAGUGGGUGGGUGGGGUUGUGAUGCACUGGGCCAUACGCACUACACUCUGUAGUGCCUUGCAGUCGGAGGCUGAGCCGUUGCCAUACCAGGCAGUGAUGCAACCAGUCACGAUUCUCUCGAUGGUGAGGCUGUAGAACUUGUUGAGAAUCUGAGGACCCAUGCCAAAUCUUUUCAGUCUCCUGAGGGGGAAUAGGCUUUGUCGUGCCCUCUUCACGACUGUCUUGGUGUGUUUGGACCAUGAUAGUUUGUUGGUGAUGUGGACACCAAGGAACUUGAAGCUCUCAACCUGCUACACUACAGCCCCGUCGAUGAGAAUGGGGGCAUGCAUGGUCCUCCUUUUCCUGUAGUCCACAAUCAUCUCCUUUGUCUUGAUCAUGUUGAGGGAGAGGUUGUUAUCCUGGCACCACACGGCUAGGUCUCUGACCUCCUCCCUAUAGGCUGUCUCAUCAUUGUCGGUGAUCAGGCCUACCACUGUUGUGUCGUCGGCAAACUUAAUGAUGGUGUUGGAGUCAUGCCUGGCCAUGCAGUCAUGGGUGAACAGGGAGUACAGGAGGGGACUAAGCACGUAGCCCUGAGGGGCCCCCGUGUUGAGGAUCAGCAUGGCAGAUGUGUUGUUACCUACCCUUACCACCUGGGGGGUGACCCGUCAGGAAGUCCAGGAUCCAGUUGCAGAGGGAGGUGUUUAGUCCCAGGGUCCUUAGCUUAGUGAUGAGCUUUGAGGGCACUAUGGUGUUGAACGCUGAGCUGUAGUCAAUGAAUAGCAUUCUCACGUAGGUGUUCAUUUUGUACAGGUGGGAAAAGGCGGUGUGGAGUACAAUAGAGAUUGCAUCACCUGUGGAUCUGUUGGGGAGGUAUGCAAAUUGGAGUGGAUCUAGGGUUUCUGUGAUAAUGGUGUUGAUGUGAGCCAUGACCAGCCUUUCAAAGCACUUCAUGGCUACCGACGUGAGUGCUAUGGGUCUGUAGUCAUUUAGACAGGUUACCUUAGUGUUCUUGGGCACAGGGACUAUGGUGGUCUGCUUGAAACAUGUUGGUAUUACAGACUCAGACAGGGACAGGUUGAAAAUGUCAGUGAAGACACUUUCAAGUUGGUCAGCGCAUGCUCGGAGAACACGUCCUGAUGCUCUCAUGCAUGCUUCAGUGUUGCUUGCCUCGAAGCGAGCAUAGAAGUCAUUUAGCUCGUCUGGUAGGCUCGUGUCACUGGGCAGCUUGCAGCUGUGCUUCCCUUUGUAGUCUGUAAUAGUUUGCAAGCCCUGCCACAUCCGACGAGCGUCGGAGCCGGUGUAGUAUGAUUCAAUCUUAGUCCUGUAUUGACGCUUUGCCUGUUUGAUGGUUCGUCAGAGGGCAUUGCGGGAUUUCUUAUAAGCGUCCGAGUUAGAGGCCCGCUCCUUGAAAGUGGCAGCUCUACCCUUCAACUCAGUGCGGAUGUUGCCUGUAAUCCAUGGCUUCUGGUUGGGGUAUGUACGUACGGUCACUGUGGAGACAACGACAUCGAUGCACUUAUUGAUGAAGACAUUGACUGAUGUGGUGUACUCCUCAAUGCCAUCGGAAGAAUCCCGGAACAUAUUCCAGUCUGUGCUAGCAAAACAGUCCUGUAGCUUAGCAUCUGCAUCAUCUGACCACUUCUUUAUUGACCGAGUCACUGGUGCUUCCUGCUUUAGCUUUUGCUUGUAAGCAGGAAUCAGAAGGACAUCAUUAUUUUCAGAUUUGCAAAAUGGAGGGCGAGGGAGAGCUUUGUACGCGUCUCUGUGUGUGGAGUAAAUGUGGUCUAGAGUUUUUUUUCCUCUGGUUGCACAUUUAACAUGCUGGUAGAAAUUAGGAAAAACUGAUUAAAAUUUCCCUGCAUUAAAGUCCCCAUCCACUAGGAGCGCCGCCUCCGGAUGAGCGUUGUCCUGUUUGCUUAUAGCCUUAUACAGCUCAUUGAGUGCGGUCUUAGUGCCAGCAUCGGUUUGUGUUGGAAAUAGACAUCUAUGAAAAAUAUAGAUGAAAACUCUCUUAGUAAAUAGUGUGGUCUACAGCUUAUCAUGAGAUACUCUACCUCAGGUGAGCAAAACCUAGAGACUUCCUUAGUAUUAGAUUUGGUGCACCAGCUGUUGUUCACAAAUAGACACAGACCGCCACCCCUUGUCUUACCGGAGGCGGCUGUUCUAUUUUGCCGAUGCAGCGUAAACCCUGCUAGCUGUAUGUUAUUCAUGUCAUCGUUCAGCCACGACCCGUUGGUAGGAUAUUCGUGAACGUAGCUCAUCUAUUUUGUUAUCAAAUGAUUGUACGUUGGCUAAUAGGACUGAUGGUAGAGGCAGAUUACCCACACACCGUCGGAUCCUUACAAGGCACCCCGACCUAUGUCCCCGAUAUCUCCGUCUCUUUCUCCUGCGAAUGACGGGGAUUUGGGCCUUGUCGGGUGUCUGAAGUAAAUCCUUUGCGUCCGACUCGUUAAAGAAAAAAUCUUUGUCCAGUACGAGGUGAGUAAUCACUGUCCUGAUAUCCAGAAGCUCUUUUCGGUCAUGAGAGACGGUGGCAGAAACAUUAUGUACAAAAUAAGUUACAAAUAACGCGAAAAAUCACACACAAUAGCACAAUUGGUUAGGAGCCCGUAAAACGACAGCCAUCUCCUCCGGCGCCAUUAUCUACUUUCAGACAAAGCCUACCUUCAGACAUAGCUUACCUUCAGACAUAGCUUACCUUCCGACAUAGCUUACCUUCAGACAUACACUACCGUUCAAAAUGUUGGGGUCACAUAGAAAUGUCCUUGUUUUCGAAAGAAAAGUAAUUUUUUUGUU